UGUCAUGGUGUCAUCGGCCAUCUGGGUUUUAUGAAUUAUGAUCAUUCUUUUUGUUCAGACAAAUGAUCAGUUGGCUUCGUGUAUCCUUGAUAUCUUCUUUAUCGGCUACCUGGGCUUCGACAUGCUACUGGUAGAACUUCGACAGGCCAUACAUGCCCAAUGCACGAGUCUGCGAUCAUGGUCAGUUCUUGGUUCUUAUUUUUCGCUCUUCUUGCAUUGUGCUCAAAUGAUAAUCACGAAUAUGUUGAAUUUUCGGAUUAUCAGCCGUCUGAGUUGGAACACGCCAGUGACGCCACUUCUACUUUCCUUGGUCCAUGCAAUAGUCGCAUCCCGCCUCACUCGAACAGCCCAGAUGGAUGAUAACGCAGUAGAUGCGACAGAGCCAUUCCGUCACAAGCCAUCGCAGCUUUCAUAUUUUCACCAGUGUGGAAUUCUGACACAUUAGCUGUCGGGUUCAGAUCCAGACACGCUGCUCAUGUACUACCUGGGCGAGCAGAUAACGACCUGCUGAAGUGAAGUGUAUACUUUCAAAUACUCAUCUCUUCGCACCAGGGCGACUGUGAUUAACAUC